AUGGAACUCAUAAGCAACGAAAGGGCUAGAAGAACAACUUUCCAGAAGAGAGUGAAGGGUUUGAAGAAGAAGAUUCGUGAGUUCUCCAUACUUUGCGAUGUGAAAGCUUGCGCAAUCAUCUUCGGACCAAAACAAGGAAACUCAUACCGAUUGGUUGAACCAGAGAUUUGGCCCGAGAACCAGACCGAAGUCUGUGAGAUCUUGAAAGAGUUUCAGAAGCAUGAUAUGAAUGAACGAGGAAAACGAGAGGAGGGUAUUGCCGAUUUCUUCAUCCACAAAACAAAGAAUGUUAAAGCUGAAUUGGAUCGAUUGCGUAGAAAGAAAGACAAAGCUGAUCAGUACCCUACUUGGGACGAGCGGUUGGACCAUUAUUCCUUAGACCAGCUCAAGACUCUCUCUACUGAACUGGAUUUGAAGGUUGAGCUUGUGAACCAGAAACUGAACAGGACAGAAGAAGAGGAAUUUGACUUAUUGGAGAAAGCGAUAGAGUACUUCUCAUCUCCACCAGAUGAUGAUGUUCUACUACUACACCAGCAGCUGCCUCUCUCUUAUGUGCCGAAUCCCAUGAUGAUGGAUGAGUACUCCUGUUUGCCUAUUGAUUUCACAUAUGGUUCUCCAGCUAUGUUAUUUGAUACAGGGACAUUAAUGAUGGACGGUGUUGAUUUCACAUACGGUACUCCAGUGAUAUCAUCUGUAGCUCAAAUUCAUGAUCAGAAGAACUACUCUUAUUUGUUACCAACGUUGGAUGAGAAUCAGAUUGAGGGGGUAUUCAACAAUUCAAGUCAGGGUGGUGGUGGUGGCUAUUAUUACAUCCCUGCAGUUGCAGACAUUCAGUAG